CGCACAUACGGACUGGAAAAAAAUAAGCCCGAGAAAAUAGUGCACUGCCUGGCGGACGAUGCCGCCAAUACAACUCGUUAUCACCGUGCCCCGUUAUCAGUGUGGAACAACGUUUUAAUUUUAAAAAAUUUAUUCAAUAUCGUAGUGUUUUUUUUUCCCCACAGCCCAUUGUUCCGUUCAAGUUACGCGAAGUGCACGCUCACGAGUGUGUGCACGCGCGCGUGUAUCCGACGAGUACGUUCGCACCGCCGUCAUCUUACGAACAGCAGCAGCAGCCGUGCGCCCACCGAACGCCGUGUGUACACGCUACACACACACACACACACACACACACACACACACACACACGCAUACACACAUACAAAUACGUACAAAAACACACACACUUUUACAAAUAUGCCUUCGCAUAUGAACUGUUGUUUCAACAAAUGUACAAACUCUAGCCGGAGCACACAGAACCUCUCGUUUCACAAGUUCCCUACCAACGAGAGCCUGUGUAAACAGUGGGUUGAGUUGUGCCAGAACGACAAAGUCAUCCAAAAAUUUAAGAACCAUGGUUCCAGCCAAGUAUCCAAAAGCUUUAGGAUAUGUUCAGAACACUUUAAAAGAGAAGAUUACGUUUUGUGGACGUCGAAAAAAAAGGUAUUACACAAAGGUUCCAUUCCAACGGGACAGCCUGGGGGUCAGUUGAUUAGUCCAAAAACAACACAUUCGAACAUAGCCACCUGGAGUGAAAUGAUCACUGAGGAGGAUGAGGCAGUUGCUAAUAACACGGGUUGGAGUCCACGCGGUACUCCCAAUUUUGAUUUAUCUGGCUCAGUUGUGUAUUUUCUAGUACCUGACCAGGGUAAGUAAACGACCGGCGAAGGGCAGGGUAAAGCCCUUGCAAAACUCCAGUUCUCAAAUAAGCAGUCCAGAUAAAUAGAUUAUACGUUUAAUUGUAUUGUUUUACUGAAAUGAAGUGCAGACUUUAUUGCUUAUUAAGUGGUUACGUUUUUUUUUUUUAGCAUACUAAUAAAUUACAUUUGCUCUUUUGAAAUUGAA